GUACUCAAAACACAAAACACUGUGUUCUCCGUGCAUUCACCACAGUAGUAGAAGAGGCAAGAAUAUAGUGUGUGUACGAGCUGGUUCUGGGGUAUUUGGUUCUGGCUUUUUUCUUUUUUUUUCCUGGUAACUGCAACGAAUCUGUGUUUGGGAUAUUCAUGCGUUUUACUUGUUUUGAAUGACUCCAAAAGUACAACAUAACCUUUCAUGAAUCCAUUUGCGAGCGUCCUGUCGGUUGGACGCUGUGACGGGCUCUAGCCGCUGGGGGGCGCGCUGCUCUCUGCGCGGACGCCAAGCUCCGCCCCCUCCCUCUGUUUGCCUGCUGACUCCGGCUCGGCGAAGACGCCCUUAGCAACAGCGCACAGCUGCGUCGAAUAAGACACUCGUACCGCGGCGAAGAAGGAUUAAACAUCGCACAUUUAGUUCACCGCGGGGACGGCGGCCGAAGCUUUUCUGCAGAGCGGUCGCGCCGCUUGGAAACAUGGGGUCCCAGUGCAGCUAGCGAGCUAGCCUGUGUUGGCUAGCAGCCCCCGAAGACGAGCGAGCCAGUCGCGAGCAACCCCCCCCCAAGGAGGACGAUCCCGGGGACUCGACGAGUGGUAGCGUCGCUGUUUACCCACCACAAAGUGAGCUAGCCGGGAAUAAGCACGGGAAUGGUGCUCGGGACCGACUCGCUGCACCGACAGAGAAAGGCGAGGGGCACCCGGGUCAGACCACCAAGCUGUAACAUUUGGACUCAAACUAUUUUUAACCGAGGGAGCGGCUCUCGGGCGGACGACCGUGUGUGUGGGAGCGCGAGCUAGCUGGCUAGCUGGCUAGCUAACCGAAAGAAAGGAGCCCCGCCGGCUGCUCGCCUUUUUCCAGCUGCAGCCGAGGCUGGCGUCAGUGCGAGCAGCCUUUUUGCCUUUUUAAAUAAAGGAUAAGUCCCAGUCAACGCCGACAACCGCGUUCGGCAGCACCGAGGAUAAGGCGACGUGAAAGUUGCUGGGACACGAUCAAACUUUGCUCCGUGACUCGAGGUCCAGUCCUUGUUUUCCACAGUUUCCCCCCACUUCGGAUGCUGGCAUCACGUACCCACUGCGACCAUGAUGAUAAUAAGCAGAAAACCCGAGGGCCCAAUAGCAGCAGCACGCCACGGUGAUGGCCUGUAUGACUCGUACAUGAGGACAGACCACAUCCUUAAAGAGGACGCCGAUAAGAACAGUCCAUCUGGGCUGCCCCCUGUGUCCAAACACACGGUUGUCAGUAACAAGGUUGUCAUGAGGGAUCAGGUGACUGUGCGGGGUAGCCAGCUGAAGGUCAAGUACCUGUAUGAAGACUCCAUCAACAACCGAACGCUUAAUGCCAUAUCCACUGCAACCACACAGAAUAUUGGGACCACUGGUCAGAUGGCCAGUAAACCUGCUCCGCUGUCUGGCCUGUCUAAGGAACACAGUGUCGACAGCACGGAAUCUAGUAAGGGCUCUUCUGAAUCAUCUGGUAAUGGAGGGAACGGUGGGAAAAUAGGCAGCCCUCUCACCGCUGACCAGGCCGUUAGACUAUACCGAUCUCAACUAACCACCCUGGAGCAGACGGAGAUCCACUCCUACCCAGACGUCUACUUCGUGGGACCCAAUGCAAAGAAGAGGCUUUCUGUGGCUGGGGGCAACAACAACUGUGGAUAUGAUGAUGAACAGGGCAGUUACAUUUAUGUUGCCCACGACCACCUGGCUUACCGCUAUGAGUUCCUCAAGAUAAUUGGUAAGGGUAGCUUUGGACAGGUGGCCAAGGUGUAUGACCACAAGCUGCAGCAGCACCUGGCUUUGAAAAUGGUGCGCAACGAGAAGCGUUUCCACCGUCAGGCGCAGGAGGAGAUCCGCAUCCUGGAACACCUGCGCAAGCAGGAUCGCAACGGCACCAUGAAUGUUGUCCACAUGCUGGAAAACUUCACCUUCCGCAACCACAUCUGCAUGACGUUUGAGCUCCUGAGCAUGAACCUGUAUGAACUCAUCAAGCGCAACAAGUUCCAGGGGUUUAGCCUAGCGCUGGUCAGGAAGUUCGCACACUCCAUCCUGCAGUGCCUAGACGCCCUAAACAGGCAAAGGAUCAUCCACUGCGACCUCAAGCCAGAGAACAUCCUGCUCAAACAGCAGGGGCGGAGCGGCAUAAAGGUCAUUGACUUUGGUUCCAGCUGCUUUGAUCACCAGCGGGUGUACACCUACAUCCAGUCUCGCUUCUAUCGGGCUCCAGAGGUGAUCCUCGGUUCACGCUAUGGCCUUCCUAUUGAUAUGUGGAGCUUCGGGUGCAUUCUAGCAGAGCUGCUCACUGGUUACCCCCUGUUCCCCGGCGAGGACGAAGGUGACCAACUGGCCUGUGUCAUGGAGCUGCUGGGCAUGCCUCCACAAACGAUUUUGGAGCAGGCGAAAAGGGCAAAGAACUUUAUCAACUCCAAGGGUCAUCCACGCUACUGUGUAGUCAAUACUCUACCUACGGGGGCCACAGUGCUGGCAGGCUCGCGCUCCCGCCGAGGGAAGAUGAGAGGUCCCCCAGGUAGCAAGGAGUGGAGUGCCGCACUCAAGGGCUGUGAGGACCCCACCUUUAAUGACUUCAUAAAGAAGUGUUUGGAUUGGGACCCCUCAAACCGUCUCACCCCCGGCGAGGCCCUGAGGCACCCUUGGCUAUAUCGAAGACUGCCCAAGUCCAUGUCUGGGUUUGAAAAGAUGCCAGGGGCCACAGUGAAACGGCUGCCUGAGCAUCACAGCACCUCCUUCCCCUCUAUAUUGGUCAAGGGGGCGCCUGUAUUGGGAACCACAGCUGGCCACAAUAAACUGAGGAGCAACAUGAUGGGAGAGUCAGGGGAGGCCAUACCUCUUCGCACAGUGCUACCCAAACUUGUCUCUUAGAGAGAGUCUUAUCUCCUCUCUCCUUCCUCUUCCCCCCUCUCUCCACUCCUCAGGAGGAGUGAGAGCCCACGGGGAAUUUGGAGGCUAGGUUUUAAAACUCGUUUGGUUGUUCUUUUAUUUGUUUUCUGAUGAGAGGUGUCGACACCCAAGUUCCUGGUUUUUAAUAUUAGCUGAACAAGAGUGAAAAAGACAACAAAAGACAUGUUCUAAAAAAAGAAAAGGUUUUUAUACCAAGGACUUCCUUGAGCGGCUGUGGAGUUUGUGUAUACAGCCAGUUGAUAUGGUUUCAUUUAGAUAAUGCUUUUUAAAAUCUUCCGUGUGAGUGGAAAGCUUGUGGGACUAAGCAGGUGUUUUUAUACCCGCGCGUGGUCUCACGCGAGCGUCACGUUUUAGCGAAACGCACUCACCUGCACGGUCACUUGCCUCACUUCACUGUUAACCCUUGUAGGACACUGCCCUAGUCAGGGGAAGUGUUUAUACACUUGUAAAAAGGGCUACAGAGAUUACUCUUAUCAGGUUACUUGUCCAGCCAAUAUGAGCUACUAGGGGGGGAAAAAAGAGUUGUUUGUAGUGUUUGGACCCUGCACACGAGUGCAGGUUCCCUCAUAUGUACAACAUGACAAAGGUGAUGAGGGGUUGGCAUUGCGUGGGGGGAUAAAGUCUGAAGGCUUUUGUAGCAAUAAGGCUUCACUGUGUCAUCAUUUCCGAUGCUGUUUUUCUACUUUUCCUCUUCCCUGGUGCUUGCAUGUCGGCUCAGUAUGUGACAUUAGUAUGAUGUGUGCUUUAGCUUUGAGGUGCUACUGAAGGAGACCCUGAGAGGCCAUGCAACCUAUUUACAGCCCUCUCCACUGCCUCCCAACUCCCCUAUUUGAGUGGGGGGGCAGUAAGCUGGAGUCUCACUCAGUACUUCCCAAACUCUUCUCAUGUUAAAUGAUAAAGAUGGAGAGCUGUAGGUCAUUGCACAUACACACAUAAUGGGUGAUUGCCAGGAAAGUUGUCUUUGAAGUUGCAAAGAAAGCCACCUGCCCAGCUGCGUUAGCAGUGGAAAAGUAAAGAGCAUGGGGUAAAGUAAAGGCCAGAAUGCUUAAUAUGAGCCAAGAUCCUUUUACAACUGGUGGUGGGGUAAUUUAUGAGAGGGGUCAGUGACAAAGGAGGGUUUUUAUGGUACUGAAGACAAAAAGUGUUUCUCAGGGAGACAUACUUGAUACAUCCCUUAAUCUUUACACUAGCUGUGUUCCACUGGGAUCCUCACGCAUGCAGUUCUGUCCAGAGAGCCAGAGAAUGCAUGUACGACAGUGACUGCGACGGGGGUCUGCGAGCUCUGCGCUCUGACCUAGAUUUCCUCGGCACCCCCCACCAUCUCGCCGCCUCACUCAUAUUUCUCGCUCCGGCUCAUGUAGGGCAGGGAACCAUUUAAAUUUACAUGAACAGUGUGAUUUACGGUGCUGUCCAAAAUGCACGCGCACAGACACGCACACAGAUACACGUCAGGUGCAUGUUGGUAUGGACCACACCGCUCCAAGACUUGGGUCUCGUCCCUCGCUCUCUAAGUGAAACUGUCAGGGGUUUCUACUGUUUCCAUUUUUUUUAUAGAAGUGGUUUCUAUUGCUUUUCACUCCAGAAUAUCAGAGGAUUUAAAAUGCAAAAGUGGGAAAAGGAGAGAGUGGCGUACUGUCAUGUUGUACUAGUGGUGUGCGUUAGUAGGAGGCUGUUUGGUGUUCCAGCAUGAAAUCACAACCUGUUAUCAGACUGAGUGACUAUGUGAAGAGAAACUGUACAGUAACCAAAUGAAGUUGUGAUAGUUUCUUUUUCUAAAGAAAAUAAAAUCAUUAUGAACUGCAA